CUCAAAUUUGGGAAGAAACCGGAAUUGCGGAGGUGAGGCUUGGAACGCAAAUUCAUUAUUACCCGCCUGGUCUGAAGCUUGUGCUAAUGUCUGGCAAACUUAAUCAUGAAUCUGAGUUCAGAACAGGUGUCAUUGGUCGGCCAGGUGUUUGAGUCCUAUGUUCGUGAGCACCACCAGAAAGAGAUUCUGCAGAUUCUAACAGAGAGUGACGAGGAUGCACACUACUCACUGGUUGUGAAUGCCAUGACUCUUUUUGAAGCUAACAUGGAGCUUGGAGAGUAUUUCAAUGCCUUUCCAAAUGAAGUUCUUCCUGUCUUUGAUAAUGCAUUGCGUCGUUCGGCCAUGAGUUUCCUGCAGACCUGCUCACAGCACAGUGACUUCAGUAUGAAGCAAAAUCUGCAUGCCAGGAUAACAGGUUUACCAGUUUGUCCUGAAUUAACAAGGGAGCACAUUCCUAAAACCAGAGACGUGGGCCACUUCCUUUCUGUUACAGGCACAGUGAUUCGCACCAGCCUGGUAAAAGUACUAGAAUAUGAGCAAGACUUCAUGUGUAUUAAGUGUAAGCAUGUGCUUACAGUAAAAGCUGACUUUGAGCAGUGUUACUCAUUUUCCCCACCAACUAUGUGUACAAAUGAGGAAGGCUGCAACUCUACCAAAUUCACCUGUCUCUCAGACCUGUCCUGUCCAGCCAGUUGCAAGGACUAUCAGGAGAUCAAAAUCCAGGAGCAGGUUCAGAGGCUGUCAGUAGGAAGCAUCCCUCGAUCAAUGAUGGUGAUUCUAGAAGAUGAUCUGGUUGACAGCUGCAAAUCUGGUGAUGAUGUUACAGUGUAUGGUGUGGUGAUGCAACGGUGGAAGCCUCUGUAUAUUGAUGCUCGGUGUGACCUUGAGAUCGUCCUCAAGGCUAACUAUAUUGCAGUGAAUAAUGAGCAGCUUUGUGGAGUCAUAAUCAAUGAAGAAGUUCGCAAAGAAUAUGAAGACUUCUGGGAGAGAUUUAAGAAUAAUCCCUUAGCAGGAAGGAAUGAAAUUCUUGCCAGCUUAUGCCCGCAGGUAUUUGGCAUGUUUGUAGUUAAGUUGGCGGUGGCCAUGGUGCUGGCUGGUGGUGUGCAAAGAAUCGACUCUGCUGGAACUAGAGUCAGAGGUGAGUCUCAUCUUCUGCUAGUGGGAGACCCUGGAACUGGUAAAUCACAAUUUCUGAAAUAUGCUGUAAAGAUUUCUCCAAGGUCAGUGCUUACUGCUGGCAUCGGCUCCACAAGUGCAGGGUUAACUGUGACUGCUGUCAAAGACUCUGGGGAGUGGAAUUUGGAGGCUGGAGCUCUUGUGCUGGCGGAUGGAGGUCUCUGCUGUAUUGAUGAAUUUAAUAGUAUAAAGGAACAUGACAGGACCAGCAUUCAUGAAGCAAUGGAGCAGCAAACCAUCAGCGUGGCCAAGGCUGGACUUGUGUGCAAAUUAAACACAAGAACUACAAUCUUGGCAGCAACCAAUCCCAAAGGCCAGUAUGACCCAAAUGAAUCGAUUGCUGUGAAUGUGGCUCUUGCUAGCCCUCUUCUAAGUCGAUUUGAUUUGGUACUGGUUUUACUGGACACAAAAAAUGAAGAUUGGGACCGUAUUAUAUCCUCAUUUAUAUUAGAAAACAAAGGAAACCCUCGCAAAUCUGAUAAGCUCUGGAGCAUGGAAAAGAUGAAAACAUAUCUCUGUCUUAUAAAGACCCUCCAACCCAAAAUGUCUGAGGGAGCCAACACAAUAUUUGUACGCUAUUACCAGCUGCAAAGGCAGAGUAAUUGCAGAAAUGCUGCACGCACUACCAUCCGCCUCCUUGAAAGCUUAAUACGGCUAGCAGAAGCCCAUGCUCGCCUGAUGUUUCGAGAUGUUGUGACAGUGGAAGACGCAAUAACUGUGGUGUCUGUUAUGGAGUCCUCCAUGCAGGGAAGAGUUUACCGGUGGCGCAGUGCCGAUACCGGAAGUUGGAAUGAUGUCACUUCUGGUCACCGCAAGAGGCGAGCAGACAGGAGAUGCCGUCAUGGUGCAGAGUCAGUAAAUAAUACCGGUUCUUCUGGUGAGUCUUUUUCCGACAGCACCAACUCAGGAGGCGACACCGUGGGGGCCGUAAGCACAGGAGGAGCCAGCAACAGAGCAGGGAGCCCUAUGUCAAAGAUUCAUUUAUAUGAGCUGGAAAAGGACCUGGGUUGUUACCCUUGUCUGGGCUGUAAUAGCUGCAAUUCUAUGAUUAAGGGGGCCACAUUUGCCCAUCCCAGAUCUGGUAAAAUUUUCUUUGAUGUAACUUAUGUAAAUAUGAAAAUAUAUAUCCUUUGUUUUUACAACAGCCAACAAAAUGAGGACUCCUUCCAGUCUCAACCUGGCUGCAGUGCUGCAGAUAUCAAUCAUAACGUUAACAAAAGACCUUGCAAUGAUUCAGUACAAGAAGGAACUAGUGGCAUUAAAUCCCCAACACUGAAAGCAAAUAUUUCAAUCUCACAGACUGUUUCCCAGGAAUCAGUUUUACAGACACCCGUAAAAUCUGGAAUCCUUUCAAAUACUCAGGAAAGUGAACAGAUGGCUAAAAUAUCUUCAUUUAAGCAGAGCAAGGAAGCAAGAAGCCCAAGCACAGGAACCUUGAAUAAACAUACUAAUGAACAGAUUUUACCACUUGCAACAAGUUCUGUCAAUAAUGCCAGUAGAUGCCGUGAUUCCAGUCUAGAUUGGUUUGAUACCCUUCAGAGCAAGCAGGGAGGUCAGAUAUCUCCUAUCCCUAAGGUUGCAGAACUUUGCUCAGCAAAAUCGUCAAAACCACCAGCCCAUUCUUCCCAUCCAACAACCAGCAGCCACUGUAAGAAACUUGCUAAAGAUGGAAUAGAUCAAAUAGAGCCCCAACUACCAGGUGAAAGGGUCUCCAGUGGUAAUGCAAGCUCAAAGAGUUUACCAGAUGUAAUUGUGACAGAGCGAGUAUCUAAGAAGUUGCAGAAACUACAUAAAAAGGCAUUGUCUAAAGAAAGUGCAACCAUCACUUCAGUAGAUAAGCUUUGCCAAGAAUAUUCUGACAGUGCAAGCCCUUCAGAUGUCAGUGCUUCAACGUCUCAUCCUCAGCAUAGUACUCCUAUGGCUGCCCGUGGAAGAAAAAGAAAGCAAGUGCAAACAGAAGACGAGCAACGGGAAGCAAAUAAGCAGGAUCCAGAGGCAAGUGCUCGACUGGCUCAGUUAGCUAAGUUCUCAUUUAAACAAAGAUCAAAACUGAUCCACUCACUUGAAACAGAAAAUGUCACAACUGUAGCUUUGGACAACGAGUCCAGCAAAGAAACUGCAAUUUUGCCAGUGGACCCUGAGCAUCAAGAUGAACCUGCAGAAAAGACUAAGUCAUUAUCUAAAAGGUUAAACAAUGCAAAGUUAAAUAGUGUUAAAAUGGACAAUGUUAAACACAUACAUGCUAAGGAAUCUGCAGUCUCAUUAAAAGAACAAUUAUUACCAGCCCAGGAAAAACUCACCAGUAAACUGGAAGAGAAUAAGUGUCAGGAGAAAGGGGUAACUGAAGUAUCAGAGAGUAGAAAAGUCUCCUCUAGCACACUUGCAAAGCUGGCAAAGUUUACAUUUUCCCCUCCACCUGAAACUAAAGGUGCAGAAGCCCCCAGUACAGCCGGUUUUAGUGAAGGCUUGGUGGCAGCAAGAAUCACUGCUCCUGGGGGCAAAAGAAAGUGUUUUGAACUGGAGCCUUCCAAUAACACAUCUGUUAUAACAAGUAAAUCUCUCUUUUCCACAACAGACCUGGAUGAUGAAACAUUAGACUUUGAUUGGGAUGAGGUUAAAGGAAAGGAGAAGCCUAACAGAUAAAUUGUUACUGUCUGCAUUUGCUAAGCUUUGUUUUACACAAUUAUUGUCUAAGUGAUCAGCAGAUGGCAGUGCUGGCCUUGCACUGACAGAGCAAUAAGCCUAAACACACUGCAAGAAUGAACUAUUCCAGCACUUUAUUUCUGUGUAUACAUAUCAUGUAACAUAUACUUUGUUGGUGAAACUAAAUUGUGAAAAACACUUUAAUUAUAGUCUGUUAUUAAUAGCUACCAUAUGCCUAAUCUAACCAAAGCACUUAUUGUGAAUACCAAUAUUACCAAGAACGUUUUUCAGUGGAA